UGCUCACCGGUUGCCGCGAUAUUCACCGAACUUCCCACAAGAGAUAACCGUGAUACACCGUUAUCUUUCAUCAGUUCCAACGUUUCAAACACAAAAAAGGAUAACAUUACAAAAACUCAGAAAAUGCCAAAAUCGUCAACACCAAAGCCUAAGUCCCAAGGUUAUUGUGGAGUCUACCAAUGCCAAACCAAACGUAGAAACGGGUCUCCUUUUUUUCGAUUACCUCGAAGGGUUCGACAAUCUCCACAGCUUUUACGAAAGUGGUCGAAAAUUCUUCUAAAUGGGCACCCAUUCACCAAGACAUUUACUAUGUGCCAUCUACAUUUCGAAAGAAAUCAAUACCUACAAAGAAUUUGCAAACGACAGGGUGUUCGAAAUAAAGCGUUUUUGUGUCCGACUGCAUUUCCGACUCUAAAUCUCCCUAAAUUCGAAAAGAAAACGAAAAUCCUGCCUAAAAGUCUCUCGGAGCCAGUUGUAAGAGUUACAAGAAAAAGCAAUAUUCAUGAAGAAGACCCACUUAAUUUUGAAAAUAAAACCACAGUCGCGGUUAGUGAAAACUCAAAUCAAAUUCUAGAAGACGAGCAUAUCAGUUCUAUAGACAAGAGUACCUAUGUGAAUUUUCAUUCAUCCGUUGCUUUCAGUAAUUUGUGCGACACCGAUACCAAACUCAAAGUUAUGACCGGAUUGGAAAAUAGAACAUUUUUAGAUUAUUUAACCAAAGAAUGUCUUAAAUCAAAACCACACUAUAACGACAAUAAUAAUAUGUCAAUGAGAGACAACAUUAUCCUAACUAUGUUCAAAUUAAAGACAAAUGUUGAUUUUAGUCAGUUGGCUGCAUUUCUCCAAAUGAGUGAAAAAGACGCCCUACAAUAUUUUACCUAUACAAUUAAAAUCUUGGCUAAAAUAACUAGCACUUCAAUAAAUUUACAGUCAAUAGAACAAAUUACUAGAAGCUCACCAGCAUGCUUUAGAUCUUUCCCAAAUUUUAGAUUAUUUGUGGAAGUUAUUGAAAUUAAAUCAUCUCCAUCUGUGAAAGCUGUUAUAGGAUAUGCACCAUCAGGUCUAAUCAAUUAUGUGAGCAAGGCUGCAAGUGGCAAAUUUUCAGAUAAAGCUACAGGUAUUCAUUCAGAUCUUAUAAAAAAGCUUAAUCCAUGUGAUACUAUAAUGGUUGGCAAUGAUUGCCAUUUUCGCGAUGAAAUUAAUGGAGUCGAUGUAAUAGCACCUGGAAAAGCUAAAUUACAAGACGAAAACAUUUUGAAAGUAAAUGUGUACUUUGAAAAACAUUCACCCGUACCAAGAAUUAGAUCGUUUAAAUUUCUUUCUGAACCAAUCGAGUCAUCAUUAAAACCCUUAGUGAAUGAUGUAGUGACUGUUUUAUGUGGAUUAUCUAAUAAGAGUUUGUGUAUUUCUAUUGAAUAAUAAUUAUUUUCUUUUUGUUGAAUUUGACUAAUUUUUUAGUGUAAAUAUUCAACUGUUAGUAGGUUGUUUUUACGUAGACCAAAACAGCCUAAUAACAGUGGAAUAAUUAUUUCCAUUUGUUUGUUUAAAAAAUAUUUAUUGUAAAAUAAUGUUUCUUUUUGAAAUUUAAUGCAAGCGAAUGGGUAAAAUCAUAAUGUACCUCUUUCGUACUUGUUGAAUUUCAAAAAAUUGUGAAGGCCCCCAGGUCAUUGUUAAAUAGCAGAAUAAGCACCUAAUUUCUAAUAUCAUAUGUAACUUUUUAAUAAAAAGAUAUACAUAAUAAAAAAGAAGAACGAAAAAAUAAUCAUUUGUAACAAAUUUUAUUUUGUAUAUGAAAACAAAAUAACUCGAUAGUUUUUUCGACUGCGAUCACCACCUGGUUCACAGACACAAAAAUACAAUACAAAACGAAAACCCCAUGAAAACAAAGUCAAAAGAAAUAAAAUAAAAUGCACGACUGGGGUCGCACGUA